AUGAGACCCGACUUUGCAACCAAGCAGUUCUAUCUGCUAGGCGAAGAUGUCUCCACCGCACGAGAGAUCGAGGUUCCAUCAGCAGUAGACGAGGACGAACUCAGGCACUUAAUUGCAUCAAAUUUUGCCAUUGUCGGAGCCAAAGGCAUUGGUUUUGUGAACGACCGCGAGGCUUAUUCAUCGGUGGGAGAAGUGCUAGAUGCCCAAGGCCCGGUCGCCAUCACUAUUGACGGACGUGGAGUGCGCGAGGUUCAAGGGCCUAAGGGUCUGCCAUAUGUCGGCAACUACUUUGAGAUCUACCCCGACCACCUGGGGAACCACCAGCGACUUUUUGAGAAAUACGGCCCUCUUUUCAAGACCAACAACAUGGGCAGCGCCACUUACCUCACAAACGACCCAACCCUGGCAGGUAUCUUCUUCUCAGAAAAUGACUUUUUCACAAAAGACAUUAUUCCGGGCCACCCCCUGUAUCCCAUCAAGAACAAUGAGGCAGGUGUCUUCCUGGGUGACACGGACACGGAGGAAUGGAAAGUCGCACACAAGUUCCUCCCGCCAUUCUUUGGGCCAAAGGCCGUGCGUCACUACGCCCCAACCAUGAACCAGACCGUCGAGGACGCUUUCAAGGUCUUUGACGAGCUGGCCGAUCGAGAUGAGGCAUGGAACGUGUACUCGUACAUGCUGAAGCUGGGAUCACAGGCCGUCGGCAAGCUCAUCCUCGGCAUGGACUUCAACCACUUCUCCUCGGUAGACGCGCCACCGCACGAGAUGGUGAUCCUCAUGGCGACAUCCCUCGAGCUGAACAAGAAGAUCACGUCAAUGGGCAGCUGGUACGCCCACCUCCCAUUUGGCGACCCCAAGAGGCUAUAUGAUGCGAAGGAGCGCAUGAGGGUCAUGAUCGAGGAGGUCAUUGCGGGGGCGUCGAGGGGCGUCGAGGACCUGGACCUGCAGGAGGCGGCGCUCAAGGCGAACAACAUGGUGGACUACGUGCUGCGCGCCACCGACAACAAGGGCAACAAGAUCCCCGCCAACCGCGUCCUGGAGCCGCUGGUGGUCGCCACGGGCGCCGGCUUCACCACGACCAGCUCCCUGCUGUCGUGGCUCAUCUACGGCAUGGUCAACUACCCGGGCAUGCAGGAGCGCCUCGUGCAGGAGCUCGUCGACAACGGCUUCACCGACGAGACCGAGGUGACGGCCGACCUGACGGCGCAGCUGCCCUUCCUCGACCACUUCAUCAAGGAGACGCAGCGGCGCCACAACCCGUCCUACCAGCCGGCGCGCACGGCGAGGUGCGACCUCGUGCUGCCGGGCGGCUACAAGGUCCCCAAGGACGCCAUCGUCAUCCCGGCCCUGCACCACAUCCACAACAACCCGGCCAUCUGGGGCGACCCGGCCUCCUUCGACCCGGACCGCUGGGGCUCGGACCGCGUGCGCAACAAGCCCAACAACAGCUACAUCCCCUUUGCCACGGGCCCGCGCGGGUGCAUCGGGUUCAACUUUGCCCUGCAGGAGGUGCGCAUCUUCCUGUGCAAGCUCGUCUGGCGGUACGAGUUCAGCCUGGCGACCGAGGGCGCUGUCGACUAUGACCCCAUGUUCCAGCUCAUCCGCCCCACGAAUCUGUACGUGCGCGCUGAGAGGAGGGUUAAGUGGCCACCGAGGAGUGAGGCUUAG